AAAUAUAGUAAGAAAUAAGUAUUUGCGCUUUUUGCUUUUUUUCAGAGAUAAAACUUUUAGCAUUUCAUAUUUAAAAAACUAGUAGAAAUAGAUAGAUUUAUAUCUAAUAGAUAAAUAGGUUAUAGGGAAGAUUCUUUUGUUUAGUUAAAUAUGCAAUAAUCGGCUUAAGUACUUUAGAGACCAAGAACUCCUCUAAAAAUAUCUCAAGAAAAAUGGGAGGAAAUAUAAGAAAAAAUAGGAUCACUGAUAAAGACUAAUGAAACAUUAAACUAAAUGCUUAAAUUAAAAACAGAUGAAUAUGAGAUUUUGAAAAGAGAUAAUUAAAGAAAUGUAGAAAAUGAAAAUUGGAAAAAAAAGUAUUAUCAGCUAGAGCAGGAAAUGCAGAAAAUUGCCUAGAUUGAACAAGAAGUAGCUGAUUAUUUACCAAUUAUGAGAAAUUUUGAGGAAAAGGCUAAUAUGAAUGAAAAAUAAAUUGAAAAUCUAAAUCUUAUUUUGAAGGAUAAAGAAAAUUUAAUUUAAGAUUUAAGCAAGGCUAAUGCUUAGCUUGAAUAGCAAUGUCACUCAUAAUAAUAACUUGCUUAGGAACUGAGCUUUUUCAAAAAUUUGUCAGAAUAAAAAUAGAAAAGCUUCGAAAAUUUAAAGUUAAAUUCAGUUUCGUUAGAUGAGCAUAAAAGAGUCUUGAAAGAGAAUAUCUCUUUGAUGGAUAAAUUAGAAAAAAAAGAAAAAGAGUACUAAAAGCUCACUGUUGGGCUUUAACAAGUCAAUGACUAUGAAUAAAAGAUGCAGCAAAUGGAAAACGCAGUCAAUAAUUUAAGGAAUAAAGAGAGAGAAAAUUAUGAAUAAAUACUUCACUCUAAAGAAUAGGAAAUAGAUGAUUUAUAAAGAUAGCUUGAUUCUUUGAAAUUAAGAAUUUUACAGAAUGAUCAAUCAAAGUAUGCAAAUAAUGAAGCAAACGAUGAAUUAAUGAAAUAGCUUGAAGAACAGUUAUAUGAAGAAAAAUAAAAAAAUGAAAGGUUUAAAGAAAUCGCUUAAAGUUAAGAAGAAGAAAUACAAAUUAAAAGCUCAGAAAUAGCUUUGAAAGACAAAAAUAUUAAAGAUUUACAUGAAAAAUAUAUUGCUCUUGAACAGUAGAAUACAUCAUUAUCAACUGAAAACACUGAGCUGCAAAUGAAAGAUGUUUAAUAAAGCACUAAAAUUGAAAAAUACGAAGAACUUAUUAGGUCUUAUGAAUUGAAAUAAAAUGAACUUAAAUAAACAAAUUUAGAAUUAGAAUCAGAUAAAGAUGCUAAUCUCAAGUAAAUAAACCUCAUUAAAAAGUAAGUUGAAACAUAAUCCUUAAAGAUCGAAGCACUAACUAAGUAAAUUCUUAGCCUCCAAGAAGAAAUAGCUUAGCAAAUUAACGAAAAAAAUGAAUUAAUGGAUAGGCUUAGUGUAAACACGACAGAGAUGGAAAAAUAAUAGCUUUUAGAAAAAAAAUAAUCUCUUUAAAAGCAAGCCCAAUUGGAAGCAUAGCUGAUGCAUACCACUCAGCAGCUUUAGAGAGCAGAGCAAAUAAGAGAUGAGUAGGAAGAUUCAAACAUAAAAUAAUAACAAGUAAUUACUUAAUUAGAGAAAGAAAAAGAAGAAUUAGUUGAAAAAGUAGAAUCACUAGAGUAAAAGCUUUAAGAAACAGUUUCUGAAAUCUAAUUGAUUCUCAAAUAAAAAAUUGAAUCAGAGCAAGCAAAAAUUAAAAUGGAAGCAUCACAAGAAAAAUUAGAAGUAGAGAAAAAGUGUGCAUAAUUACAAGGAUAAAUUAACCAACUGCAAUUAGAGAAAGAAUAAAUUAUUAAUAAAAAGGAACAAGAAAUAAAGAUAUAAGUAGAAAAAGUUAAUGAAUUAGAAGAAAUUAUGAAACAAGAACAAGAAAAGAUGUAAAGCCAAUAAAAGAAAUAGCUUGAAACUAUUAGGGAAUAAGAUAAAUAUUUAGAAUCUUUAGAGUAGAGCAUAGAAAAAUAAGAUAUGUUAAUAAAUGAGAAGCAAUCUGAAAUACAAUUCUACUAAGAAUAAAUUUAACAAUAUCAGGUGACUCAUGAUGAAGAUUAGCAGUAGUUAAGGGAAUUAAAAGAACAAAUAUUUAAUUUAGAAGAAAUAUUCAGUUAGUUCAAGAGUGAGAAAAUUAUCUACGAAGAUAAAAUUCUCAAAUUUGUUGACAAAGUCAUUGAAUUACAAAAAAAUCUAUAGAAAACUCAAAAAGAAAAAGAAGAGUGGGAGAGAAGCUGCAAGAUAAAGCAAAGAGAAAUUGAAGAGUAUAAAAAGAAAAUACUUUCUCUUUCUUUGGAUUUAAAUUCAGCUCAAGUUGAACUCAAAAUGUCCCCAAUUAGAAGUCCAACAAGAAAAUAGAAAUAUUCUGCAGCUGGAACUGGUCAAUAACAAUAUGAUAAUUAUUAUCAAUAUCAAGAAUAAUAGGGAUAUGAUGAACAUUACAAUAAUGGUGAAUAAUAAAAUGAAUAGCAAUAGCACGAUUCAAUGAAUAAAUAAAAUCUCCAUUAUGAAGAAUAUGACAGUAGGCUUUAGAAAAAUGAGUAUGAAUAGCAAAAUGAUGAUCAAAAUAUGUAAAACUCUCAGCAUGGUUUGCAAUAAGAAAAUAGAUAAUAUUUAAGAAACUCUGACUAAUAUAGUCAGUAAUAAAUAAAUAACUUUUAGAAUUAAAAUUAUUUAGACUAAUUUAAUGACUAGAAUAUCUACUAACCCUAACAAUAGUAAUUUAAUUAGAAUUUCCCAUAAAUAAUUAUAAAUAAUUCAGAUAAAAACUAUUAAAAUAUCAAUAACAAUGAAAUGUAAUCUCAACAAGUAGGUCCUUAUGAAAACAGUUUCAAUUAAUCUAAUUUUAACUAACAAUAACACUAUAGUAAUUGA